GACGUCAUCACUUGUCGCCAUAUUGGUUCAGGAAGUUGAAAGUAUCAAAGUAGGAAUCUGUUGCAGGUUUGCUGCUGUAUUUAUUCGAAUAUUCACUUGAUCUACACCACAGUUUACGACAGCCGUGUUCAUUUAUGCAUCGGAAACCCUAAAACCAUCUUGAGGUACAGAAAUCAUUUGUAUUUAUCUGUUGUUUGGACGUGCAUCCAGAUGACUUCCCUAACACAGCGUAGUUCGGGCCUGGUGCAGAGGAGGACCGAGGCCUCUCGUAAUGCAGCUGCCGACAAGGAGAGGGGGUCCGAGGAUGAGGACUACGAGCCACGCCAAGAGGAAGAGGACGAGAAGGGAGACUCCAAAGAAACUCGACUGACGUUGAUGGAAGAAGUGUUGCUGUUGGGAUUGAAAGAUCGAGAGGGAUACACUUCCUUCUGGAAUGACUGCAUUUCUUCUGGUCUUCGAGGGUGUAUGGUCAUUGAACUGGCUUUGAGAGGAAGACUGCAGCUAGAGGCUUGUGGCAUGAGGAGGAAAAGUCUGUUGGCCAGAAAGGUGAUCUGUAAGUCGGACGCUCCUACAGGAGACGUGUUGCUGGACGAGGCCCUGAAGCAUAUCAAAGAGACCCAGCCCCCAGAGACAGUUCAGAGCUGGAUAGAGCUGCUGAGCGGUGAGACGUGGAACCCAUUGAAGCUGCACUACCAGCUGAGGAAUGUCCGUGAGCGCCUGGCCAAAAAUCUUGUGGAAAAGGGCGUUCUGACCACGGAGAAACAGAACUUCCUCCUCUUUGACAUGACCACACACCCACUGACCAACGACACCAUUAAACAGCGGCUGGUCAAGAAAGUCCAGGAGUCCGUCUUGGACAAGUGGGUGAACGACCCGGGGCGCUUCGACAAGCGUGUGCUGGCCCUGAUCUUCCUGGCCCACUCUUCAGAUGUGCUGGAGAACGCCUUCGCCCCAUUGCUGGACGAACAGUAUGACCUGGCCAUGAAGAGGGUACGUCUGCUGCUGGACCUGGAGCCAGAGGCAGAGAGCACCAAGGCCAGCGCCAACGAGCUGCUGUGGGCCGUGGUGGCCGCCUUCACCAAAUGAAGACCUACCGGAAACAAACAGACGGAACUUUAAAAAACACUACAGGCCUGUGGGGCUCAGAACUCCCAUGUUCUGAUAUGAUGAUGGAGAUGGCAGAGAUGAUUAAGAUCACAGAGGGCGGCUCUCCCUCUGUAUUGAGACAGGGCAGUUACCCCUGACCUCUGAGUCACUGUCCUGUCCUCUACCUGGCCAGUUGGUUGACAUCCAGUACCCUGUGGGUGUCUCCCAAAUGGCACCCUAUUCCCUAUAUGGCUCUGGUCAAAAGUAGUGCACUAUAUAGCGAAUCGGGUGCCAUUUGGCACGUGACCUUUCUGUUCACUGUGAGACCUUGUGUAACCUUGAGCACUUGUGUCAGUAGCUGGCACCCACACAGGUCUCUGUUCUUCCAUUUAGAAGGGACUUUAAAACUGCUAGGCCUUGCUUGACCACCAUGGCCCAGACCUACCACCAUGGCCCAGACCUACCACCAUGAUCAUCUGACCUGAUAUGAUGACCUACCAGAGGACCUAAUAUGAUGACCUAUGACCUACCAGAGGACCUGAUAUGAUCGUACAGAACAUUAUUUGUUCUUUGCGUUAGUCACUUUGAGGAGGGUGCAUUCUACACAAGCUCUUAGACAUGACCUAUAGACAUCGUGUCGUUUUAUCUUGCUAAUAAAUGUUAACCAUCUCCAAACCAUUUUGCACAUUCAACAAGGGAUCUGGAAGGGUUUAAUAUUUGUAUAAAAAAAACUAACAGAAAAAUUAUUGUAACGUUUUAUUCCAAGCACCAUUUAUUUUGUUCAGGGCACUAAACUAUACAAACUUUAUUCCUGUUCAGUUUUCCUUCCUGUCCCUCUCCAUGUACUAAAGUGUUGUAGCUUGUGAAUGCCAUCAGUUUCAGAUUAGUCUCUGCAACUCUUAUCAUCCUAUUGCAGAUAUCCAGACAUUGCAUGUCUCUUAACAGGCAAACUGGUUUCGGGUGUUCAUGUGUGCAGUCAUAUUUUGAAGAGGUACAGGCUCAAGAAAGAAAUUCUCUCAAAUCGGACAAAUGUCUUUGUCCUUUAGUUAGUGUAUUGAAAAAUAUGACUGGAUAGGAGUGGAAGCUUCUCCUAAAUCAGGCUAAUUGUAUUUUAUAUGGCUUAAAGUGUCCCUAUCUGGCAGUAUAAUCUUAACGCUUUUGAUUUUAUGCCAUAUGUAUUUUAUUUUCCAUUGAUACAUUUUUAUUGCUUUAAUAUAAUUCACAUUUCAUUCAGAUUUAGAUGGUCGUCAUCAAUGGUUUGGGCUUUUUCUUUCCUCUUCUAUGCCUGUCUGUUGGUUUUACUGUUCAUGACUCGGUGAGUAGGAGUUGCCCCCAACCAUUGACACGGGGCAGAUACCAUUUGAUCCCCGUAAUGGUUAACGUUAGGACAGGCGGUAGGGUUAGCCGAUCCUAGACCUGUGGUUAGGGGUAACUUCUACCUUGAGCAUUUGACUCACCUGGAGGCUGUAAAGACCAAGUAUGGUGUAGGGAUCGGAUGGGGAUGAUGAUUAUAUGGUAUGGAGAAACUGAUUAUGUAGAAUUUGAUAAAUGAAUGUACAGCGUAAUAAAUGAAAGGGUGUUCUCUAUACUUCUGUAGGUUUUUUUUUACUACACAAUAAAGGAUAUUUUAAGUGCCUGAAUAUA